CCAUACCAAAAUUCCAAAUAUGAUUUGCUUCAUUUCAUGUCAUGGAUUAUGUUUCAUAUUAUUGUCAAGCAUUUUCUUUCAAAAAAUUCCUCUUCUUUCUUUUCACCUUCAUAUUCUUGAUAAGCCUUUUGGUUGUGAUUAUUCCUUCCAUCCUUUACUUAAUCUUGAAGCCCCAAAAGCCUAAUUUCACACUUCAAACGUUAAAGGUACAAUCUUAUAACUUGAGCGUGUCGAAUUCAAACUCCGACCCCCUAUUUUCAUCUGUGGUCUGUCUGACACUAGUUGCGCAAAAUCCUAACAAAGUUGGCAUAAGGUAUAAGCCGAUGCGUUUUCACGUGUUUAAUGAAGGAGUAGUAAUCGGCAUGAUUCAAGUUCCUGCCUUUUAUCAACCUCCUCAUAGUAAUAACUUAACAUUGGAAACUCGAGCAAUAUUUUACUGCGUGAACGUUACACAAAUUUUGUCUAAUAUUUCAUUGAAACAAAAUAGUUCCACAAAAAGUGUUACAUUGGCAAGCAUAUUGGGUGAUGUUGCAGCUCAAGUAAAAAUUCUCAAUAUCAACUUGCCCAAGGUGAAGCUGGCCGUGGAAUGCGCCAUAAAUAUAGACCAAAACCAUAUUGAACUCAGUAAACAAAUGGUCUGCAGCUUGAAAGCAGCUAAACAUAAUACGAUAUCUCUUCCAAUGAACAUCAGAGGAAGUUUCUCCAACAAGUGCUCUGCAUCUAUUUACAUCUAACGAACUGAUCAAUUGGAAUUACUUUGUAAUACCUUUAUUUUGUGUAAAUACAGUUUUGGAUAUGCAGAGUGUAUUCGUAUUUGUUACGUACCAAGUAGCUAUUCCAUUAUCUAUGUACCUAUAUAGUUGAAUUUUAACAAGAUUUAAUUACAAAAAUCGUACAUAUGUAUGAUUUGCUAAUUGGAGAUCGAUGAAUGAGGGAAUUUGGAAAACGUGCG